UUUGCUAGGCUUAUCCUUUCUGUAAUUUACACGUGUGAGGCGAAGUCCUUUGCUGCGCGUGUCUGUACAAAAAACAUGCCUCCCAAGGGUAAGAAACCGCCAGCAGCCGCUGCGGCAAAGGCCGAAAAGCCCGAGGAAAAGAAGAAGCCUGCCGCUGCAGCUGCCCCAGCCAAGAAACCCGCCGGUGCCGCAGCGUCGGCGACCAAAGCCCCUGCCAAGCCGGCGGCCAAGUCCGGCGACAAAAAGCCGGGCACUGACAAGAAGCAGCAGGCAGCGAAGAAGAAGGAUGCCGCAGGUCAGGCCAAGGCCCGCGCCAAGGCGAUGGCUGUCCGCAAGAAGGUGGUCAAGGGAACGCACGGAACGCGCACCAAGAAGAUCCGCACGUCAGUCAAGUUCCGCCGGCCCAAGACCCUGUCUCUGCCGCGCAACCCCAAGUACCCCCGCCGCAGCGUCCCGACGAGGACAAGGCUGGACCAGUUCUCCAUCAUCAAGCACCCACUGACGACCGAGUCGGCGAUGAAGAAGAUCGAGGACAACAACACGCUCGUGUUCAUCGUCCACCUGCGUGCCAACAAGCACCAGAUCAAGACAGCCGUCAAGAAGCUGUACGACAUCGACGUCGCCAACGUGAACACGCUCAUCCGGCCGGACGGACAGAAGAAGGCGUACGUGAGGUUGGCGCCUGACUAUGAUGCGUUGGACGUGGCCAACAAGAUCGGCAUCAUAUAAACUGUUCGCGGUGGAAUAAAGCGGCUGUUGACGGUAA